AUGGUGGUGCAGUUAUUUCUUUCCGGACUCGUAAUUGGAAUCCCAGUCACCAAAACCCUAAACCUGGCACUCGGCAGACCCCCACAUCCCCCGCUACGCCCAGCCAAUCCUCCGAACCGAUGGCCGGCGAUCCCUCCCCCGACGGUCCUAACGGCCGCCGGAAGCGCAAGGCGGGGCGCCCGGCUGCCGUGGAUUCCCCCGGCGGCGGAGCCGUAGCAUCCAGUUCCCAGCGCCGGGCGGCCGUCGACGACGCCGUGGUGCUCCUCCGGGGAGCUCUCGAGUUUCGGCGACGGACGGGCCUGCUGCCGAGGCCGUCGAAUAUGCCCGCCUUGUACGAAUCCGUGAGAGGCUCGCUUCGCUCUCCCGUCUCCCAGGACCAGGCCUACAACAAGCUCCGCCACCUCCGUCACAGGCUCAGCCAUCCCGUCGCCAGCGGUCACGGUUCCCACGAUGACCUCCUCCAUGAGCUCGCCGCGGAGCUCUGGUCCGCGGGCGUGGAAGAGAAGUACGAGAAAGAAGAUAAUAAGAAACAGAAGGACAAUGAGGUGGAGGAGGAGAGUAAGGAUGCGGAGACGGAAGGAGAUGAUGACCUCGACAAGAAGCAAGGCCGCAAUGGGGACGAACAGCGCGGUGGACCUGAAUCCUACCCAUAUCUGGUCCACGCCGCAGCCGAGCACUGGAAAGCUCACAGCUUAUCGAAUUCAUCACUGGAGGCGGGUCUCAAGCUGCUGAAUCCAUUAAAGGCGAAAGCUUUAGAGGAUAGGUGGAAGAAGCUGGUGGAAGAUGAGAUGAAGUUCCAGGCGGAUUGGUUCAUGGCGUGCAGGGACAUCUUCGCAUUGCUGAAUCAGUCGCAUCAGGGUAUGAACUCGUAGAUCAGGUUGGAUGCUUCCAUGGAGGAUCCUUUUAUUUCCCUUUGAAUGAACAAAGUUUUGGAUAUGGAAUGGUUUCCAUACUUUGGUUGCUCGUCCUGUUAUUUCUCUGUAUGAUCUUCAGGAAUUGAGCUCUUUAUUAUGCUCAUGAGUUUGAUCUUAUGGUUUUCAA